AUGGCGCAUAGCGAUGAAAGCUUAGCACGAUCAGGGGAACAGAAGGAAAGAAUCACAAUCGCUUUUCUGGCCCUGGCAUGGAUCUUCUUGUUACUUCGGAUCUGGACCCGGACAUUCAUCAUAUCCAAUUUCGGCUGGGAUGACUCAAUUAUGAUAUUGGCCACUUGGGUUGUGGUUAGCGAGGCAACCUAUGUUGUUGCGAUGAUGAUGUUGAAGAUAUCUCUGGGCAUCUUCUUCACGCGUAUCGUUGUCAAAACCUGGCAAAUAGGGCUUAUCUACGUCAACGUUGGUGUUAACAUCAUUUCUUCAGUUGCGACAUUCUUCUACGUCCUCUUCCGGUGUGGCUCGAAUCUCGACAUCUAUGCGGAUCAACAAUUCAUCAACCAGUGCACUUCGCGAACGCUGGAUCGCUUUAUGGCUUAUCAACAAGCUUCCAUAACUACUCUCACAGAUCUAGUAUUCGUCGUACUACCCAUCUUCGUUCUCUGGAAUGCGAACAUGAGUAGGAGAAGCAAGAUAUCCGUAGGCCUCAUCUUGAGCCUCGCCACUGCCGGAGUCAUAUGCUCGCUUCUUCGGUUUCGUUACGUGGAGGGCCUCACUGACACCGCCAACUUCUUCUGGGCUUCCGUCAACAUCGCCAUAUGGUCCACUAUCGAAUGCGGCACCAGUAUCGUUGCCGGUUGCCUCGCAACCCUACGUCCCCUGCUCAAACGCUUUGUCAUCACCGCUCGGUCUUCAACCGCACUGGGCAGCAGCUACAUCAAGCGAGCUAGCAGAAGCGUCAGAUCGAACGAGCGGUCCACUACGAGCACGAUCCCACAUUACAAUAGCGCAUCAAAAGAAGCAAAGGUUCGAGAGUCAACGAUUCUGCCUUCGAAUGGAGACACCCUCUUGGAGUUCUUGGCCCGACCGAAUGAGGAGGUGAUUAUGUUGAACGACAGGGGAGAGCACAGCAGAGAAAGCACAGACCGCAUAUGGCGACAGCCAAGUGUGAGUAGUGUGGCAUCACCGCCAUCGGCGUUGACAAAUGAAAAGAGGCAGACGAGACAUACUAGCUGGUCGUUCCGUAACGUUGGCUCUCAUGACAGAGGGACGAGCGAGCGUUCGUUCUUCAACGAUUAG